CGGUAUAGUGUAUAGGAAAGACUCACGAUUUUUAACCCUGGUGCCAAAAAAAACGUGUAUAUUAUCUUGUUGUACAACAAAUAGAAUAUUAAUUAAAUAAUCUUUUGCGGAGGAAAAGGAUAUAAAUAAUCGUCGAUUAGAAAAGAAAGAAUGGCAGAUUAUGUGAUCGGUGACAUAAAACCGGCAGAUGUACCGCUGCCGGAUGAUGGACUUUCAGCAGCACAAUUAUUUACAACCGGUGAUGGUCUCACCUAUAAUGAUUUUAUUAUUUUACCGGGUUAUAUUGAUUUUAUCGCGGACGAUGUUGAUUUAUUAUCGCCGUUGACAAAGAAGAUUAUGAUUAAAACACCUUUAGUAUCAUCCCCCAUGGACACAGUUACAGAAUCUGACAUGGCUAUUGCCAUGGCCUUGUGCGGAGGAAUCGGCAUAAUACAUCACAAUUGUACACCUGAGUAUCAAGCUAAUGAAGUACAAAAGGUCAAAAAGUAUAAACAUGGUUUUAUUAGAGAUCCAGUAGUUCUUUCGCCUAAUCACACAGUCAAAGAUGUUCUAAAUGUGAAAGCUAAACAUGGUUUUUCUGGUGUUCCCAUUACAAAUACAGGUAAAAUCGGGGGUAAACUAUUAGGUAUUGUAACAUCUAGAGAUAUUGAUUUCUUGGAAAAUACAGCAAAUCAACAAUAUAUAGAGUUAGAAACAAUAAUGACAAAAUUAGAAUAUUUGAUCACUGCAACUGCUGGUGUAACAUUGCAAGAAGCAAAUGUAAUUCUUGAGAAAUCGAAAAAAGGAAAGCUUCCAAUUAUAAACGAAAAGGGAGAAUUAGUAUCAUUAAUGGCAAGAACUGAUUUGAAAAAAAAUCGUACUUAUCCAAAUGCUAGUAAAGAUGAUAAUAAGCAAUUAUUAGUUGGUGCUGCUAUAGGAACACGUAAUACUGAUAAACAAAGGCUGCAUCAUCUUGCUGUAGCUGGUGUUGAUGUUAUUGUUUUGGAUUCAUCUCAAGGCAAUUCUAAAUAUCAGAUUGAUAUGAUUAAAUACAUUAAAUCAGAAUAUCCAGAAUUGCAGAUAAUCGCAGGAAAUGUUGUAACAUCUAUGCAAGCUAAAAAUCUUAUAGAAGCUGGAGCUGAUGCUUUACGAGUUGGGAUGGGUUGUGGUUCUAUCUGUAUUACACAAGAAGUUAUGGCUGUGGGAAGACCUCAAGCAACUGCUGUAUAUAAAGUUGCAGAAUAUGCAAGAAAAUUUGGUGUACCUGUAAUAGCCGAUGGUGGUAUCCAAUCUAUUGGUCACAUUAUUAAAGGCUUAAGUUUAGGUGCUAGUACAGUUAUGAUGGGAUCUUUAUUAGCUGGUACCUCAGAGGCACCAGGUGAAUAUUUUUUUAGUGAUGGUGUACGUUUAAAGAAAUAUAGAGGUAUGGGUUCCUUAGAAGCCAUGAAUAGAAAAGAUGCACAAGGUUCGGCAAUGAAUAGAUAUUUUCAUAAUGAGGUAGACAAGUUAAAAGUAGCUCAAGGUGUUAGUGGUUCAAUAGUUGACAAAGGAAGUGUUUUAAAGUUCUUACCUUAUCUACUGUGUGGCAUUAAACAUGGGUGUCAAGAUAUUGGAGCAAAAUCUAUUUCUACCUUAAGAUCUAUGAUGUACAGUGGAGAAUUAAAAUUUGAAAAAAGGACACAUUCUGCUCAGCAAGAAGGAAAUGUUCAUAGUCUUUUUUCAUACGAAAAGAGACUUUUUUAAGUAAGCAAAUGUUAAAUGAGCGCCUUACAAAAAGAAA